UGCAACCAAAGCAACGAUUAAUUUUCUGCGGAAACCCACAAGCAACCAUCACACAGCAGAGUCGGAAACGAGCCCCCACUACUUUGCACGCAACAAACACAAGGAUCAAAGCAAUGGCGAGUACAAUUGUACAAUAUUUCAUCAUGCUGUCAUAAGUCGUCACACAAAGAAAUAAGAUACAGGGAAUGUGCCGAAAAGUGAUAAGGAGAAGAGAAGAACACCAAGAUCGAUCGACUCAGAGCUGAAGGUCUGGAGGAAGAUGACGCUUGGCAAGAGCUCAAUGGACUUGGUUCUUGUCCCUUGCGCGUUGGUGAUCAUGCUCGGGUACCACCUCCACCUCCUCUACCGGAUUCUCCGGCGUACGCACACCACCGUGAUCGGCUACGAGAACCACAACAAGCUCACCUGGGUCCAGCGCAUGGCGCGGGCAACAGCGCCGGAGGAGGCGGCGCUGGCGCUGAGCGUCAUCUCCGACGGCAUGUCGGCGUCCACGACACUGGCGUCGCUGUGCAUCGCUCUGCCUUCGCUCAUCGGAGCGUGGGUACUGAGCGGCACGCCCACGACGGUCGUGACCGGCGGCAGCGUCGGCGACAUGGGCCAGGCGACGGCGAAGUACGCCUCCCUCCUCGCCUGCUUCCUCGUGUCCUUCAUCUGCUUCGUCCAAUCCGCGGGGUGCUACGUGAACGCGAGCUUCCUGAUCAGCGCGCUGGGUUCCAACUUGCCGGUGAGCCACGUGCAGCGCGCGGUGCUCCGAGGCGGCGGCUUCUGGUCCGCGGGGCUCCGGGCGCUCUACCUCGCCACGGCGCUGCUCGUGUGGGUGGUCUUCGGGCCGGCGGCCAUGCUCACCUGCUCCGUGCUCACCGUAGCCGUGCUCCACCUGCUGGAUAGCAACUCCGUGCCGCUGCACCAGCACCAAUUCACGCCCGGAAGCAUGAUGCUGUCCAUGACGACGGCGAGGCCCGUCGUCGCCAGGGCAGCCGCAUCGUAUUGUCUCAGCUGAUGGUGCAUUGACAAGUUUGCCAUGGUCUCAAAGUUCGUAUCAUCUCUGUUGAUGGCGCAUUGAGAAGUUUGUCAUGAUCUCAAAUUCAUUUCAUGGGAGUAGCAGAAAAUGUGAGUGAAGUUCAGUGAGAUUCCCGAAUUGCAAUAGAGCUGGUUACAGUUCUGUUUCAUAUGGU